UUCGAAGAUUACAAUAACUGUAUCACAACAAAACUUACACAUAAAACCGACUACUAACUUUCAAUAGUGAUACAUUUAGAUUUUCCCACUGUUAACCCCAUAAGACGAUCUAAUUUUCUUCAUUUUGUAGCCCACAUUGCCUUGAAAUCCUGUACUCCGAACAGAAAAUAAAACGUCCCUGAGCACGAAUGAGCAGUCAAAAAGCAGGACAAAUACUACAAUUGCAGUUUAUUACUUCAAUUUACAACAAAAAAGGGCCCCAUUUCCCUUAGGCAUGACCUGUACCGAUUAUCUGUUGGUACUUUUGUCAUUUAAUGUCUUAAAAGGUAAAAUGUAGUAAAAACAAGAAGGCUGUAGAUGGAAAAAACAGGCAAGAGAAUGGGCAGCUCGAUCGUGACGUCAUGAGCCCGCAUCGCGGGGGCCUAUCACUGAAUGGCUGGCGGGCUGAGACUUUCAUGGCGUGACGGCUGUAUCCACUUUAUUCCGUAUUUUCAUAUUUUAUUGUAUUGUGGUGAUAUCAUUCCCUGAUGGAGGAGAUCGACGUAGACCCAACAAUUACCAAUAUUCCCGCAGUCAGUCAUGAAAAACAUCUGGGUUAUGCUUGGGGUCCAGGAGAUAUCCUUGUGUAUGAGACCCUUUAUAAACCUUCAGGUACCUCAGGGUCGUGUACCUCCUUCAUUCAUGAGGUCAGGAAAGACGAGGACAUCUAUUCCCCCAUUUUACGCAAACUCUUCAACGAGUCGCACUACAUCUUUGUUGGCCUCCAGACCAUUCAAGAAGACAUACCCAACAAGAACAAGAAACCCCAUUUUGUCAGCAUUAGUAAAAACUAUCGAUCUAUAAUACGGGCCUCUAUUGAAGAGCUUCAGCAAAUUGCAGUUAAUACUGAAGACUCAGCGGCGGGCAUGCAGUAUGGAAACCAGGUGUCAAUCCUUUUGGCUAUAGAACUGAUCUGGAAUCUUUGCGAAGUGCUCUUCAUUGAUGCAGCUCCCGCGGGCUCCCUGUUGCUCCACCUGCUGGAUUGGGUAAGGCUGCAUAAGGCCGACGUGGAUGAGAAGGCAAGACACGUGCUGCAAAGCGAGAGCCCUGCUGAGCACCGUGACUACUGGGAUGUGGUUGUGAGCUAUGUGCUGCAGGGUCGCUUGGAAGAAGUCCGUCAUUUGCUGGUGAAACAGGCCACCCACCAGCCUGCUGCCAGGGAUAUGUUCAAGCUGAUGGACAACCUACUGAGCAAGAUGCCCUUCUACAAUCCUAUUGACACUCAAACACUGGCAGAGUUUGACGUGAAGUGGAGACACUGGCAUGAGGAGGUGGACCGCUGCCUUCAGGACAACUCAUUUGCCAGCAACCAGCACCUGGAAGUCAUAUGCAAGAUCCUUGUGGGAGAUGAAGACACUUUGUUGGAGCACAAAGAACUGCUAAGCACCUGGUACCACUUCCUGGUGACCAGACUGCUCUAUUGCCACCCUACUGUCAAACCCACAGAGUUGCAUUUCUAUGCUCAGUCGUGCAUGACCAUGUUUCUGGACCCCAGGAGUGUGCCAGAGGCCCUGGACAGUAUCUUACUAGCUGCCUUUGAGUUUGAUAUCCAUCAGGUUAUCAAGGACUGCAGCAUUGCUCUCAACAACUGGUGGUUUGUGGCCCAUCUGACAGACCUUCUCGAUCACUGUCAGCUCCUCCAGUCUCACAAUUUACACUUUGGCUCCAACUUGAGAGAGUUUCUGCUGCUAGAAUAUGCAUCAAGUCUCUUCACUCAUCACAGUCUGUGGCAGCUGUCCGUGGACUACUUCGACCACUGCCCAGAAUUUGGCCGUGUCUACCUGGAACUGCAGAUGGAGCGCAUCCCUUUACACACAGAGCGCAAAGCCCUCAAGGUGCUAAGGAUCUGUGAGAAAAGGCAGAUGUCUGAGCAAGUGCGGAGUAUUUGUAAGAUCAUGGCGAUGCGGGCUUUAAGGAACAACAGACUGGGUUCUGCUCUUUCCUGGAGCAUCCGAGCCAAAGACGCUGCCUUUGCUACCUUGAUUUCGGAGAGAUUCUUGCAGGAUUACUGCGCUAAAGGAAUCUUUACUGAUCUGGACCUCAUAGACAAUUUAGGCCCGGCGAUGCUGCUCAGUGACAGGCUCACGUUCCUCGGGAAGUACUGUGAGUUCCACAAGUUGUACGGCAAAAAGUGCUUCAGGGAGGCGGCAAAACUACUCCUAUCGCUUAUUACUGCUAAAAUCGCCCCCAGAAACUUCUGGAUGACCCUCCUGACUGACGCCCUGCCACUGCUGGAGCAGGAAAAGGUCAUCUUCACAUCAGAGCAAACCUACGAGCUCAUCUUCUGUUUGGAGGAACUCACAUCCUCCUUGAAUACCGCAUCUUCCGCUGUUAGCGCAACUCCCACACAGGAGGAAGACAUCGAGAUGACCAAAGUGGAGCUCCUGAGGCUCGCCUUCGCUAGGAACCUAGCGAAGGCUAUCGUCAAUGAAGGCACAAUUGAAUCAUGAACCAUCGUACACAACAAAGCUCUUUGAUGCAUUUCCGAUACAGUUUAUAAACUGGUUUCAAGUAUUUUGUAAUGAAAAAAUCUGUCUGUUAAAAAAUAAAUACAUGUUUGUAAA